CGCAGCAGCCGACUCUCUCCUCUCCACUGAAAAAAAUAGAAAAAAAAAUUCGCUUGCAGUCAAAAACAAUGAGGGCGCACGACGCGCAACUCGCUCCGAGCCGCUCAGCCAGCAGCGCACUUUUACCUCCCGGAGGAUCCGUGGCGUGUGGCUGUGCGCCACCCGGAGGGAGAAGGUCCACGGGGAUAUAACUUGACUGUCUGAGGAGUUUGAUAUUUUUGGAAUCAGAGGAGGCGGGAGAGAGAAAUCAUGCCUUUUUGUAAACGCACGAUAUUUCCGAAAGAUGUGUGCAAGCCCGACGGCAAGAGGCUGCAGCAGCAGCACCAGCAGGAGCAAGGGGAGAUUUUCGGGGACUUGGCGGACGUGUGCAGCUUCACCCUGUGCUCGGUGCUCCGACAGCUCUCGGAUUUGUCCCGGCACUCGGUGAGCAUCCUGGAGGAGCUGGAGGGAGACCUUGUGUCCAUCUGCCACCGGUCCUGCGCGCUGGAGGGCAGAGUGGUCCGACUGCAGAGGCACGUCGCAGAGCUGGUCAGCAAACCUCCACCGAGAACCACCAGCGGACUAGAGGCAGAGAGCGGCAGGCGCGGUGGCAGCAGCAGCAGCCACGGCGAUGGAAACCACAGCAGCAGCAGCGGCGGCGGCGGAGGCAGCAGCAGCGGCGGCGGCACGGCCCACUUCAGGUCUCCAUGGCAACAGAGCGUGAACGUGUUCGGCUCGUGGAGCAGGCCGGAGUGUGUCGAGGAGCUGCACCAGCAGGCGCAGCUCAACCUCCAGAGCCUACUGCAAGAGUUUGAGGAGCAGUUGUACGACACCAAGCUGACCGGUCAGACUUUCCGGCAUCCGUCCUCACAGAGCUCCGACGACACGUCCACCUCCCUCAGCCGAUCGCCCAUCUCCCUCAACAACAAGAGGCCCGACUUCAUCUUUCUGCCAGCAUCAAAGCAGCUCUACGAAGAUGAAACCACCUCCUCUGUGUUUGGUCUGAGGUCUGUUACCGACCUAUCUCCAUCCCCGUCUCCAUCCCCCUGCAGCUCAGACCGGCCCCCUCUAGGCUGGAGCAGUAACAACAGUAGCAGCAGUACUGCCACGUCGGCCACUACUGGACCGCCAGUCGCCGAAAAACCUCGCUGGCACCUGGGAAGACGCACACCGGCACACUUCUUACCACUCGACGUCACAGGUGAAGGGAGAGGAUUGAAAUUCCACGGUGUUGAUCUUCUCCAGCACUCUCCGUCCCCUUCCCCCUCUCCCGGGGACCCUUUCCCCCACCAGCCCCACUCCCUGGAGCCUGUUACUGACACACCGCACCAGAAUCUCCCACUGAGGAAGACACACUCUGACCUCGACACAACCUUACCUGCAGACAACCGUUUGGGGCUGCCUGCCCCAGAUCACCUUCACCCAGAAACUAUGGACCAUUCUGGGCUGCUCUGCUCAAAUACACCCACCACUUCCUGGAACGGACCCAAGGGUUCCACCUUUUCUCCUGGAGCGUGGAACGAGCCUUACAAUUACAGUAAGAACAAAGGACCAGCGGUACCACCCAAACAGCACAGUAUCAUCGGAGGAGGGACCCAGGAGGGGGUGAUGCUGGUGAGCUCAGGACAUUCAAGCUCAUUCAAGACUGUGACAGACCCUUCUCGGAGACCAUUGAAUAACAUGGACAUAGGGAAGCGGAGUGAGACAGAGGGGGCUGCAGUUGAUGGAGGAAGAGGGGGAGGAGGGGAAGCAGUGAGAGGACGGGAGAGGUCGGCACGUUCCAUAGCAGCACAGAAUGCUUUCAAGUUUCGAGAGCGUUCCCUUUCCACACCCACAGAUUCUGGAUCUUUUUGUUUCACAGAGGGUGUUAUAGGCCAUCCGGAUGGUAAUAUAACAUCUACAGGAAAUGGGAAUACUAUGGACCACCAACAAGAGCAUCACAACUUCCUCGGCUUAGGUGAGAAUUACGCCCUUCUCUACCCUAGAGGGAGCUCAGAAGACAGCGCAAGUACAACUGACACAAUCUCCGUCACAGCUUCAGACUACAGCACAGAAGGCCGUUUGCGCCUACGUUCCCGCUCCAUCUCCCUUAAAAAAUCCAAACGAAAGCCACCACCCCCUGUGAGGAGUGUCUCUCUUAUGAAAAACCUUGGACAAGCUGAGGGCAGAAUACACCAUCAAGGUGGUCUUUACAGAGAUGGCCGACCAAAGAGCCUGCACAUUCCCAGGGAUCACUUCCCUGACUUUCAGCCAGAUUUCCUUCUGCCCAACUUGUCUAAAACCAGUAUUGGUGAGCGAGAGCCAGGCCAAGGAGGGAAUGACAGACCUCCAAGUCUAGAGGUCCAGGCACCAGAGAGGGAGGGGGAGACAGAAAUUACUUUUCCCACGCACUGGCAGCUAGGGGAGUGGAAGAGCAAUGAUCCAUACAGGUCUCUGUCAGGCUCCAGCACAGCAACAGGUACUACAGUGAUCGAAUGUAUGAAAGUCAGAGGUAGCUCAGAGUCCCUUCUUGACUCUCCCUCCACCUCGAGAGCCACAUCACCCUUACAGCUUUCCAUGGAGACUGACAUCAAGGCAUCAUCCCCCUUCAAACCUCCAGGACUUAUGUCCCCAUCAAGUGGCUAUUCCAGCCAGUCAGAGACUCCCACCCCAACUGUUCCACUCAGUCAUCUGGCAGGUCAGGGGACUGUGGGUACAACAGGUACAAUAGGUUGUAAGAUGCGCCCCAAAAUCCCAGAGAGGAAAUCAUCUCUACCAUCACCCAAGGAUCCAGCUGCUAGGUCUAGACUGUCCUUUGAAAUGCCUGGGAAUGCACAUCUGGAGCUUUCGUCCAUCAAGCCAAAACAAAAGGCCAGCCGGCGGCAUUCUGACACUUCGACAGCAGCAAAGCCAGGAAAGAUCAGCCCGAGUUCCUCACAGGCACUGCCUAUGGUUACCCAGAACGAGCUAAAGACUGUUCGGCUUCGUUCAGUUUCUCGUGGAGACCUAGAAGACUGCCCUGAUGGAGCCUCUGACACCAUCGAAGAGGAACAGCAUGGCCGCGAUAUAGGCGAGGAUCCCAGCCCACCACCCACUCUACCAAAACCUAAACCACCUGUAGCAGUCAAGCCUCCCUUACCUAAACGGCCCAUGAACCUUCUUCUCAAGUCUCCUUCUCCUUCCUCCACUUCCCCUCUGGCGCUUGACUCGCCUCCUGCCUCACCUGUAGACCGACCUGUGCCUCUAGGCAACAUCUACAAAGUCAUGAAAAAGCCAAAACCCAAAAAACCUCCACCACAAGCUCCAACAAAUCCCACUAUUCUGUCAGAUUCAAACUCUAUGGCUGCUCCACAAACUGCCUAUGAUCAAUCGUUCCUCCCCCUAUCCCAGUCCCUGUUUGAUCUCCCUCCUCUCCCAGACCCUCAGCCUCUCCUGGAAGACCCAGUUUUGGAGCCUGAAUUUGAUGUUGACCAAGAGAUUCGUCUUGGCCCCGAAGAUGGAGGCUCACUCCCUUCACCUUGCAGCAAUCAGGAGGCCCCAGAACUUCAGGACAAGAGCAAGACGCUACCCUCAAGAAUGACAGUCUCCUGUCUGGCAGAGCUGUCAGACAAAAAGAAACCCAAGGUUCCACCUCCAGUCCCCAAGAAGCCAAAUGUUCUGCUUCUUCCCACCUCAGUCCACUCCUCCACUAAUGGCAGCACAGACCGUCAGACGCCACAGACUGACAGCCCCGUGGGCCUUCGGUCUCCGGUAGGAACAUUCCCACCAGAUGAUAUUCUCAAUGCUCCCAGUGUUCCCGACAUGCCUGAGCAAGAUGAGAACCACUUGGGAACAGAUGAAGAAAGUUCCAAAGAGUCAUCACUACAAUCCUCUCUUCAAGAUUCCUCUCUCACAGAGCUGGAAGGGAAGAUGGCUGGUACUGGGAUAGGGACAGAUGAACCAGCAGCCAGUGAAAAGACUGUACUGCACAUCGAAGAGGAAACAGAUGACGACUUGUUGGCCAGCACACCUACAACACACACCACCGAAGACCUCUUCACUAUUAUACACAGGUCCAAACGAAAGGUCCUGGGUCGCAAAGAACCUUCCGACUCGUUUGGCAGUCGCCAGAGUUUGGUGUCACCGGUGAAGCACAGCACCAGCGGUAGCGACCUCAGAAAUCUAACCUUGGGCAGCAGCCAGAGGUCGAGCUCCCGCAACGAGAACUUCAUGGCCCUCCUUCAGAAGAAAGGCAACAAGUCUUCCAGCGGAGGAACCAGAGUCUCUGCCAUGGAGCUUCUAAAAAGCACAAACCCCCUGGCCCGACGUGUCACGGAGUUUUCAGCCAACACGGCAUCGAAUGCCGAGGGAGGAGAGACAACGGCUGGGAACGACAAACCCAGCGAUCAGUGAAUGGAAGCGUCUACGCAGAUGUAAACCAGGUCUGUUUGCUGUCGACAAAGCUACCAACCAUUUCCAUGGCCUGCCACCCUAUGGGGGACGGGGCCAUCUGACGAACAUGUCCAACCAGAUCGCUCCAACUACUGGUUGACCAUUUGCACUGUCCAAUCAAAUUGGAGCACACCUUUGGACAAAAUGGUCCCUCCCACGGUUGGAGCACUGUUGGUCCGAGUCAAACCAGCCCCUCUAGGAAAGCAAGACAUCAACGGAGAGAAAAGUAGGUUCUCACAAUAUAUUUAAUGGAAGGUGGAGGUUUUGAGGUCAUGCUUCUAAACUGCACUGCACUAUCUUUUCCUCAUUGGGAAUUUGUUCAGUGUGGAGGCUAGUUGGGUGGAGCAGACCACUGGGAAUGUAAAGAUACACAGCAGGCAUCUUUACUCCUGGGCUUCUUCCAGGUGAAUACAACAAAAAAACCCUGAUGACUACGGGGGAGCGUAUCUGAACCUGUGACCAUAUUAAUCCCCCCUAAAGAGGAAUCCCAUCAAUCCACAAAACAAAUGGAAUAAAAACACUGAAAAUACAAGACUUUAACACAAUUUACCCUCGAUUCUACCAAACCCCUUGAGCUAGCAGCAUUACAGGUCCAUCACCUGUGGACCACUGACAAAGGAAAUAUUCCCAAACCUUGGACCUUGUGGUUCCGUCUUCUCUCCACGGUGAAUGCGACACCACAGCAGCCCUCUCAGCUCCAGACAGACAGGAUUACAUAAAAGAGCCGGAUUUACAAACAGAAACCACAAGGCGGGGGCACGCUUUUUGCCACCAAAGAUGAGGCAUGAGCACACCACACGUGUUAUCGCUCGUGCUGUGAACACAAACACGGACCUUCACAAAACAUUCCACAAAGGCGCUCGGCAAACGGACCACAUUUUUGGAACAUAAGCACUUUUUUCCCCCUUACUGGUGUCGCAGGUCGUUUACACGGCGCAAACACUGCGCCGCUACCUUUUUCCUCAUCUGUUACUAUCUUUUCACUCUUUCUUUGGUUUCUUUUUCUUUUUUCUUUUUUUUUGCAUAUAUUUUUUUCUUAAACAUACCCAGUGGCCAUAUACUGUACAUGUUAAACUGGAUCAUACUGUAAUGUAUCAUGUACAAAGAUAAAUGUAACGCAUCUAUCAACAACUAUCAUCUGCAGAAACAAAGACUAUAAAUAGUGUACAAAGCAGCAAGAAGAUUGGACUACAAACUGCCCACGCAGUGAGGGGAAUACACACACUCAAACACACACACACGCAAAGACUGCCAAGCAAAAUGUUA